GAAGAAGAUGAUGAUGAUGAUGAUCAUGAUGUAGAAGAGGGAAUGUUGUGCAGUUUCUAACACUAUUUUGACCUGGCAACAGCAGACCCACACCCCACGUAUGUGUAGCGUCUAUUAUACAAAACAGAAAAAUAAAAAUUAUCUUCAUCAUCCGGAUAAAUAAAACAUCCCUCUUUCUUAUCCUAAACCAAAUUUCCACGAAAAAAUAAAUAAACUGUAUAAUCCGAAGUAAAACCAACUCAUCACAGCAAAAUCGUUAGCUUCCAGUCGAUGCAUGGAAAAUUUGUGAAGGAAAAGAAUUCAAAGUUAAACCAACUGCUAUGGCGGAUUUGUUCUGCCCGGAGUGCAAAAGGCCGACGGAGGUGGUUUUCGACCACUCGGCCGGCGACACUGUGUGUUUGGAGUGUGGGCUCGUGCUUGAGGCCCACUCCAUCGAUGAGACCUCCGAGUGGCGGACUUUUGCCAACGAGAUGGGCGACAAUGACCCGGUCCGAGUGGGCGGGCCCACCAACCCCUUACUCGCCGAUGGCGGUCUUUCCACGGUCAUCUCGAAUCCAAAUGGGUCGUCGGGAGAUUUCUUAUCUGCAUCUUUGGGCCGGUGGCAGAACCGAGCGGCUAACUUGGAUAGGUCACUAAUCCAGGUUUUCAAGACUAUUGCGACCAUGGCGGAUAGGUUAGGUCUUGUUGCAACCAUAAAGGAUCGAGCGAAUGAAAUAUAUAAGAAGGUGGAAGAUCAAAAGCCUCUUAAAGGACGGAAUCAAGAUGCUAUCUUGGCUGCUUGCCUCUACAUUGCAUGUCGGCAAGAGGACAAACCACGAACCAUGAAAGAAAUAUGCACUGUUGCAAAUGGUGCAACCAAAAAGGAGAUUGGGCGAGCAAAAGAAUUCAUUGUGAAACAGCUAGAGUUGGAAAUGGGUCAAUCGGUGGAGAUGGGAACUAUUCAUGCAGCGGACUUUUUGAGACGUUUUUGUUCGCAUUUGGGUAUGACAAACCAAGCAGUGAAAGCUGCUCAAGAAGCAGUACAAACAUCCGAAGAGCUUGACAUAAGGAGAAGUCCUAUAUCCAUAGCAGCAGCAAUAAUCUACAUAAUUACGCAACUUUCAGAUGACAAGAAGCUUCUCAAAGAUAUUUCACUUGCAACUGGAGUGGCUGAAGGUACAAUUCGCAAUUCGUAUAAGGAUAUCUACCCGCUUGCGUCAAAAGUAGUUCCGAAUUGGUAUGCUACAGAAGAAGACCUCAGACAACUUUGCACUCCAUGAGUUGACUUAUCAGGAAGCAGCUUUUAAAUGUUUAGCCAAAAGUGGUUCAUUGAUGCAAAAGGAGCCCCUCUGACCAGUUGCUGAAGUAGAUCUAUUAAAUGCUAAUGUAGAAGCUUCUCUUUUGUUGUAACCUUAAUAUCAACAUUGUGUAUUUUAAUGUUCAUGAAUUGAAUUUUGUAAUUAAUCCCUCGUUAGAUUUUCCAUUAACUCGGUUACGUGAACCAGUCAAGGAUGAAAUGAUAUUUACCAUUUUUGUACAAGCAUUCUCAUAUGAUCCACAAGCGAUGGGGCAGUUGGGAUAUGAGAAAAGGUGUUGAAGAUAUACUGGUAUGAUUAUCUCACCUUCGGCAUAACAAAUGAUUUGUAUCUCACAUUCAGCGUAACAAGUAUUUCGUACAAUUUAUAAGUAGAAACGGGAUAAAUCGCAAAACUACAAGUGAAGAAGAAGUCUUGUUUCUUUUAACAACUUCCGAACUAUCCAUAAAAGAUGUAACUUUGAAAUACUGCCUCCUCUUACAUUUUUGGGUUCUUCAAAUGCGGCCCCACAGCUUUUUCUUUUUAAACCUAUCAGCAUUGCCAACACAAGAAGUCCACACAGGCCACAACUAUUUCAGUUCCAAGACUGCACGACACAUUAACUUGUCAACAUGCGUAACGACCAUUGCUUAAAUAGCUUUUGAACAAACUCGUACCUGCAUCCCAAAUGUUAACUCCCAUCAGUGUUCAACAAAUUCUUCUUUUUUCUUUUAUGCUUAGGCUUCACUGCAUCUUUUAACGUCUUGGGUUUGGUCAUCUGCUGUUGAGCUUUAGCUGUAUCUUGCGAUGGAGGUGAUGGUGGAUCUUCAUCUCUAAGGGGUUGAUCAGACUCUGGAUUUUCAGGAGGUAAUACAUCCAUCUUUUGUUCGGGGAUCACUGCAGCUGUGAAAUAUAAAAUUACUUGCACAUUUCAACUAAAACAGAACACUCCUGUAAGUAAAGUAGGGUCAGACAACAAAUGAUUUUUUUCAUUCAAAAGAUGCUCCCAUUUUUUUUAAACAAACUGUUCCGUUUGGAUUGAAUUCAUCAUGGCACUACUCAUAUAUGAAUUAUCCUGCAAAAUUACAAAGAAAUGGAGCAAGCAAGAAGGAAGAUUUCCAUUAAAGCAUUAGAAAUCAUGCAUUUAUGGACAUUAUUAAGCAUACAUUUAUAUUAAAUUACCUCGCAAACCCAAAGAUGCCUUCAAUUCAUCAACGUUGACACCCUUGGAAUAUGGAUC